UAGUUCGACCCAUUCCCAUUCCCUCCAAAUCCCGUCAGUCAAACUUUUCUUACCCCCCACACGUACAACCCGAACCCGCUUAGUCAUUUCAAAUUCAAGUAUAUAGCGUACAUUGAUUUUGGACGAGUUAGCCACAAUGUUCAUCCGCGGAGAUGCGCCACAGGCUUCCCGGGGCAAGAUUCCCCAGAUCCCCAGCUCCAUGACGCCCUACGUGGCGGCAGUGAAGCGCGGACCCUACACAAUGACCAAUCCGGUGUACAACACCCACAACCCCAACCUGGUGGGCUUGGAUGGCCAGGUGGAGGAGUCCCGGCCCAAGCACACCUUCAAUGUGAAGAGGCAGGAGCUGGAGAGCAACUACAGGCACCACCAGCGCCUGAUCCCUGUGCCCACUACCCGGAGGACGAUGCCCAAGACCCGAUCCCACAUAGUGAUGAACGAGCAGCGGGAGCUGUAUCGUCAGCACCGCGAUCGAAUGUCCAACAUCAAGGGCAAGGUCAACACCUAUCUGCCGCCCCCGAAGGUCCAGAUCGAGGGCAAUGGCAUGGAGCUGUCCUACAUGGAGAUGCUGACCGCACUCUACAAGAAGAGCAACAACACUUUGCGGACCUUCACCAAGUCGCCGGAGCGACUGGCGGCGGGCAGGUGGCGGAAUGCCAGCUUGGCCCGGGAGAAGGAGCGCCGCCAGCUGGAGAAGAACAAGGAGUUCCACAAGGGAGGCGGGCUGUUUGACCCGGAGGCGGGCAAGUCAAAGCGCUACAAGCCCAAGUCCUCGGGCUCCUUCAGCUGCGAGAUUCCCAUGCACGUGCUCCAUCGCUACGAGAACUUGAUGGACCAGUGCGACGUGGGCGUUCUGUGCAAGCUGCUGCGUCCGCAGAUCUACCUGGACAUCGAGGUGCGGGAAGCCCGCAUCCAGGGCAGGCUGAUCAUCCAGCUCUUCACCGAGGCCUGUCCGCAGGUGGUGCUGGAGUUCAUGAGGAUCUGCACCCAGAACAACAGCAGCGCCAUCGUAUUCAACCGCGCCCUGGCGCCCAUUUGGAUGGAGGGACGACUGGCCAUGGAUCCGCAGAGAAGCACCGAGCUGACCAACAUCGAGCACGACUUCGAGGUGCUGAACCACGGAGUGGACGCCGGAAUCCUCUCCUUUCCCAGUCGCUAUGUCAGGGGAAACGCCCGGACUGCCGUCAACUUCACCAUCAGCUUUAAGCCCCUGUCCAUCCUCAACGGCAGGAGGAUCGCCUUCGGGAAGGUUCGCAAGGGCAUGCAGCUCCUGGAGAGGAUUCAGGUGGCCGUCGGACACCUGCCCAUGAGCCACAACUUGAUCUCGCUGACGGACUGUGGAGUGAUCUGAACGGUGUAAAAUUCCCAG